GGUGCACUCGUGCAGCGCACUAUUGUGGGAGCGCGCGUGGAGGAAGCAGUGCGCGAGUGUACGUAUAUGUGCGAGUGAGCGCGAGCGGCGGAGCAACAGCGCGAGGCGCAGACGGACCGCGGCGGAUGUUACGGGAAACUUGCGCGGAUGGGAUCGUGCUUUGGGCUCGUGCGCGCUGGUCUUCUCCUCUUCUAGCUGUUUUUACUGUUUUUUUGCAGUUCUGCACUUUUUCUGCUCACCUUCAUCAUCCUCUUCAUCACCUCAGCCUCCCGUUUCGGUUCGGGUGGACCCGAGCCUUUCCCCAUGGGCCACACUCUCUCCCGCGGAAAAUGCGCGCGUGUCGGUGUGUGAGCGCGCCUCGUGGCCCGGGGCUCAUCCGUGAAGCGCGCGCGGGGAUCUGAGAGCAGCGCGCGGGUCUGAGGAGUGUGAGGAUGAGGAUGGGGGUACGGGUGGGGGUGCGGGUGGCGCGCUGGAGCCGGGCCGCUGGGGAUUGGCUGCGGCUCGCCGUCGUCUCGCUCCUCGCCGCCUUCCCGGUGCUGCAGCCCCGCGCCUUCCCGGCGUCCUCGCUGAGCGACUGCCAGACCCCCACCGGCUGGAACUGCUCGGGUGAUGAUGACCGGGACACAGAUCUCUUCCUGUGCGACACAAACACUUGCAAGUUUGAUGGCGAGUGUCUCAGAAUAGGGGACAUAAUCACCUGCAUCUGCGACUUCAAGUGUAACAACGACUAUGUCCCGGUGUGCGGCUCCAAUAAUGAAAACUAUGAGAAUGAGUGUCUCCUACGGAGGGAUGCUUGCAAACAGCAGACGGAGAUCCUGGUGGUUUCUGAAGGAUCCUGUCCUUCCGAGCCCGGGUCGGGAUCAGGGGAUGAAGGGAACGAGGGCUCGGCCGAGAACGGCCAGAAGGAGACGUCCACCUGCGACAUCUGCCAGUUCGGCGCAGAGUGCGACGUAGAUGCAGAGGAUGUAUGGUGUGUGUGCAACAUUGACUGUUCCCACAUAAGCUUCAACCCGGUGUGUGCCUCCGACGGCCGAUCAUAUGAUAACCCCUGCCAGGUGAAGGAGGCAUCUUGCCAGAGGCAGGAGAGAAUCGAAGUCAAGUUCCUGGGACACUGUCAAGGUGACAUGAUAACAGGAAGCAAGCCUGGAGACGGACACUACGCCAGGGCAGACUUCCCAGAAGAGAAGCCUGAGGUGUCAGAGGUGGCCCGAGGACUUUACAUCCCCUGUCCCGACCACUUCAAAAACUACUGCGUCCAUGGAGACUGUGAAUUUCCCAACAUGCUCUCCACACCGUCGUGCAGGUACACACACACACACACACACACAUAUUCCUGAAGGCAAGCUGAAGUAACAACACACAGCCCGUGGGCUCCCCCUGCUGUUCACUUUAUUAUCUAGCAGAAUUAGAACAAAGGAGACUGGAUGGAAUAAGCAACGAGCGAGGGUAGCUUUACUUACAGAGAAAAAACAGGCCAGCAGAGCGGAAAGAGUAAGUAGGGGAAAUAAGAUACAGAGAGAGGGAGAGAGACGUACAGUGAGAUUGUAAGAGAGAGAUGUAGAGUAAGACAGAGAAAGACCAAGAGAGAAAGAGUGAAAGAGGGACAGAGAGAGUUAAAUUGAGAGAGAGAGAGAAAGAGAGAGAGGUAGAGUGAGUGAAAUAGACAGAGAGGAAUGUAGAGUGAGGGUGGUUGAGAGAAAGAGGUAGCAUGAGUAAGGUUGAGUGAAGAGAGUUGGUGUAAGUGAGAAUGAGAAAGAGAUAAAGUCAGUGAAAGAGGUAGAGUGAGUGAAAGAGGUAGAGUGAGGUAGAGUGAGUGAAAGAGGUAGAGUGAGGUAGAGUGAGUGAAAGAGGUAGAGUGAGGUAGAGUGAGUGAAAGAGGUAGAGUGAGGUAGAGUGAGUGAAAGAGGUAGAGUGAGUGAAAGAGGUAGAGUGAAGUAGAGUGAGUGAAAGAGGUAGAGUGAGUGAAAGAGGUAGAGUGAGGUAGAGUGAGUGAAAGAGGUAGAGUGAGGUAGAGUGAGUGAAAGAGGUAGAGUGAGUGAAAGAGGUAGAGUGAGGUAGAGUGAGGUUGAGUGAGUGAAAGGGGUAGAGUGAGGCAGAGUGAGUGAAAGGUAGAGUGAGGUAGAGUGAGUGAAAGAGGUAGAGUGAGGUAGAGUGAGUGAAAGAGGUAGAGUGAGUGAAAGAGGUAGAGUGAGUGAAAGAGGUAGAGUAAGGUUGAGUGAGUGAAAGGGGUAGAGUGAGGCAGAGUGAGUGAAAGAGGUAGAGUGAGGUACAGUGAGUGAAAGAGGUAGAGUGAGGUUGAGUAAGUGAAAGAGGUUGAGUGAGUGAAAGAGGUAGUGUGAGGCAGAGUGAGUGAAAGAGGUUGAGUGUGGUAGAAUGAGUGAAAGAGGUAGAGUGAGGUAGAGUGAGUGAAAGAGGUAGAGUGAGAUUGAGUAAGUGAAAGAGGUAGAGUGAGGCAGAGUGAUUGAAAGAGGUAGAGUGAGGUUGAG